AGCUGGACAGCGGAUUGGAGUCGGGGACACCUAACUUUUUUUCCCCCUGCUGAAAUUCCAUCACUGAAAAUACUUUCGGAGGACUAAAAUGAUCAUACAACGCAACUUUGGAUUUGACUGGAAAAUUCAACAACAGUCCAUGCAUCCCUGACGUUUUUUUGUUGUGAAUAACAGGACUUCAAUCUCUGGGAACUGUAUUCUGUCUCAAAUCAACAGUUGUCCUUUUCUGGAGUUACAAGGCACAUCUCUGGUAUCACCAACCUUCUUGCUGCCUUGACCUCGAUUCCUGACCCUUCAAGAUGGACGUAGAAGAUGGCCAGUGCUACUACAACGAGACCAUCGCCUUCUUCUACAACCGCAGCGGCAAGUACCUGGCGCAGAACUGGAACGCGGUCAGCACGCUGGUGAUGGGGCUGGGCAUCACCGUCUGCAUCUUCAUCAUGCUGGCCAACCUGCUGGUCAUGGUGGCCAUCUACGUCAACCGCCGCUUCCACUUCCCCAUCUACUACCUGAUGGCCAACCUGGCGGCGGCCGACUUCUUCGCCGGCCUGGCGUACUUCUACCUGAUGUUCAACACGGGCCCCAACACGCGGCGUCUGACCGUCAGCACGUGGCUGCUGCGGCAGGGCCUGAUCGACACGAGCCUGACGGCGUCGGUGGCCAACCUGCUGGCCAUCGCCAUCGAGCGCCACAUCACCGUCUUCCGCAUGCAGCUGCACACGCGCAUGAGCAACCGCCGCGUGGUGGUGGUCAUCGUCAUCAUCUGGACCAUGUCCAUCGUCAUGGGCGCCAUCCCCAGCGUCGGCUGGAACUGCAUCUGCCAGGUGAGCACCUGCUCCAACAUGGCGCCGCUCUACAGCAACUCCUACCUGAUCUUCUGGGCCAUCUUCAACCUGGUCACCUUCCUGGUGAUGGUGGUGCUCUACGCGCACAUCUUCGUCUACGUGCGCCAGCGCACCAUGCGCAUGUCCCGGCACAGCUCCGGCCCGCGGCGGAACCGCGACACCAUGAUGAGCCUGCUGAAAACGGUCGUCAUCGUUUUAGGCGCCUUCAUCAUCUGCUGGACCCCUGGCCUAGUGCUGCUGCUGUUGGAUGUCUUCUGCACCGACUGCAACGUGCUCUCCUUCGAGAAGUUCUUCCUGCUCCUGGCCGAGUUCAACUCGGCCAUGAACCCCAUCAUCUACUCGUACCGCGACAAGGAGAUGAGCGUCACCUUCAAGCAGAUCCUGUGCUGCCAGAGGCAGGAGAACGUCAACGGCACCGCCGAGGGCUCCGACCGCUCGGCCUCGUCCAUCAACCACACCGUCCUCAGCGCCCCUCACAACAACGACCACUCAGUGGUGUGAGGGGUCCGGCUGGAGUCCGGGGCGCAUCCGGCCCAGACGAGGCCAAAGCAGAGAGCCGUGGUGGAGAUGCUUGAUUGACAGGCAGGGAUUCAGGUGUUUCAGCGGCAAAGACUUUUUUUUCUUUCUUUUGUAAUUUUUUUCUUUCAGUGUUUUGUAAGGGUUUUUUUAAAAAUGUUUUUGUUUGUUUUUUGGUUGUGUUUUUUGUUUCGUUUUUUAUUAUUUUGGAUGAAAAAAAUUGUUGACACUAUGAACUAUUUAAGGAUUUGUCUCUCUGUGAUGUGAAGGAUAAGCCAGUAUAACCGCUUCCACUAGAUUCCGUCCAUUUUCACAUUCCUCAGUGUUGUCAAAGUCGGAAGAGUUAUAGAUGAAGGAGGGAGAACCUGAUCAGAGUCGGAAGACUUAUAGAUGAGGAAGUAAGAACCUGGCCAGUGAUUAAAACAUCCUUCAGAGCUGGGUGUGAAGUGCCGAGAUCUGGCUGUACACCUGUGGGGAAGUCUCAAGAUUAAAAAGCAGAGUGCUAGCUGCGCCAUCUGACCACUGCACUGAGGAAAAGAUGAAAUGCUAAUGCUAGAUUUUUCUUGUGAUGCUAAUUUCCAUAAAAUGUAGCUGUCACAGAAUUCCGUCUCCUCCCGUCAAUGUGCUCUGCAUUGAGAACCUUGUGUUAAUAAUCAGAAUGCCCAAUUAUGUCACAUAAUUAUACGUUUCCAGGUCUUACUCAGGACGGCGAUCUAGCUAACACAGAAAUCUCCUUUUGUAAGAUGAGGAAGUGAUUGAAGGUUGCUAUUUUUAUUUCUUUUAUUUCUUAUGCAUUUCAUUUUUGGUGCUGUGACCAUUAUUCUUUUUUCACUGAUAGAAAGAAAUCACAGAAAAAACCAAACAAACCAAACAAACAAACAAAAAACAUUUUGGAUACUUUGGAUACCUUGUCAGAUAGUGUAGCUAAUUCUAGCAUUAAGAACCAAUGCAUAGUGUUACCAAGUCCAUUAAGGCACCCAUGGUGUCUGUUGGAACUUCUGACUGAAGAGUUAGGAUCCAGGAUCUGGGCCACAUAAGGAUCCAGAUUAGGAUCCGGAUUAAGAUCCAGAUGCGGACCACAUUCCAAAAUCAGAUUCUAUCCAGAUUAUCUGGUUACGGACAUACUGUAGACUAGACAUACCACCACAAGCCUUAAUCCAGUUAAUGUGUCACCACCACAAGCUGCCACAUGGCUGAAAUGGGUGACAUCCCAGUCAUGCCUUAUCCUGAGGGAUUGCACCAUAGAGUUGAUGUUUUUAGUGGUAAAGCUAAUGUUGAUAAAACGUUAUUCUGUACAAUUCUUCUUUUUGUAUGAGUACAACAGUGAUGUUGACAAACAACAUUACCAAAGGAUUGAAGGCCUUCUAGAAAAUUAAACUUGAAUUUUGAUAUUUAUAUUCAUUGUUAAUGAACAAAAUAUGAAGAAUUUAAUUGAUGACUGAAAAUUUAGUUGUGACCAAAUUCCAAAUGUAAACAAAUUUGACUUAGUUUAAAUGGCUCCAUUUAAAUAUUUCGUUUAACAAUACAGUAGCUGUAUACAGAACUGCUUGCAGCAUUUUAUCGUUUGAUUUUGCACUACACUGGUCAGUAUUGGAUGCAUGAGACCACUGGCAAGUGGCUUUAACAUUUGAGCGAAACUGCUCUUUUUUCCCACUUAGCUACUUUGUGCUUUUACGUUUCCAUUCCUUGAGCAAAACUGCUCUAUCCCACUUAGCUUUAUAAUGCCUGGACAUUUCAUUCAUUGAGCGAAAGUCCUCUAUCCCACUUAACCACAUUGUGCUUGUACGUUUUCAUUCAUUGAGCAAGACUGCUCUUUCCCACUUAGCUAUGUAAUGCUAGUAUUUUUCCAUUCUUUGAGCAAAACUGUUCUCUCCCACUUCGCUACAUUGUGCUUGUAAGUGAUCAUUCUUUUUCUUUGCACUGACAUGAUGACUUCCUGCUUUAGCAGCAACACAUGUUUGAACUGCUUAGCCACAGUCAAUGAUGGGCUUCAUUAACUGUACUGUGUAUCAUCUUUAUUUCCUUCAGUCUGUUCUUCCAGUCCUUUGAAUGAAUGCUAUCUAACAAUCUAGUUGACUGAUAUUUCACCUAAACACCUGUUACUCUUUCCUUACCAUGUAAACCAUGUUUGUAGAUUUGGUAUAGCUGUCUUACUAACCCGAAACAUAUUCAGGGACUCAAAGUCACGGACUGAUUAACACGCAAUACCUACCACAUUUUUUUUUCUAUCGCUUUUUAAUUCCUGUUGAGUGUUAACAUGGACCCGCAUGGACAUCAUCCUUUAUAAGGCUUGUAAAUGUGAUGGUUGUAAUUACAGAUUACUAAAUUGACAGGGAGGCUACAGUCGGGGCAUGUAACUGAAACGUUCCAUUCGCUUCAAAAGUACCUUCUACUAUUCACCUUAUUCUGCGUGCAGACAGGGAGGGCGCCAUCUUUGUCCACGUGUGUCUGAUCUUCCCGUUGAGCAGUGGCUAGGCGCUACAUCAUCAUAUCCACUACUGUGUCCAAUUCUAACGGUUACGGUGUUCUGUCAAACUUUACAGUACAUGAGCAAAACAUGUAAAGUUUUAUUUUUUACACUGAAAACUGCUAAGCGAGCUAACCAAACCCCAACAUGGCUAAAAGACAGUCAGCAACGCUCGUGUUUACAUUAGCUAACUAUUGCCAACACCUUUACUUUACGUGACCUAAAAAUGCUACUGGUCUAGAUGACUGGCAUCAUAUGUUAUGGGUCAUCCAAAAAUUAGGAACGUUUAUUUAGGAUUUUGGUGACUUAAGACAUUUCUGUUGUACACCUUUCCUAUCUAAAUAUAAUGCAUGACUACCAAACCUAUUGCCUCAUUUUAGACAGUAAUGCUAGCAUUUUAAACAGUAAACAAUCAGGUCAUGUAUUGGGUUUUGGGUAAAAAAUAAAGAAAGCACUUUAUAAGAAUAUAUUAAGACAAUUAUGUAUUGACAUACUGUGCUGAGAAUGGCCAAUCCAUCUCUAAAAUAUAUCUCCAUACAAUACAGGAGGCCAUCACCGCAUAUCAUCUACCUACCCCAUAGAGGUCAAUAGCCUUGGGUGGCAAAGUACAAUCUUGCCUGAUGGCGUUUUUCGUUUCCUCCCAAGUUAGCCUCUCCAUCCUCUUCCGAUGUGUUAUCCCCAAUGAAGCUAACUAGCCGGAACUAGCCGACCGGAACUUUGAGCACAAGGUGGAAGAAAAUAAAUUUCUAAAAUGGGCGUGGCAGAAUAAGGUGAAUAAUCAAUGCAACUACAGUAGCUAUAUACUAGACAUGAUAUCGGUGCGUACGUUCAAAAAAAAAAAAAGAUUACGCCACAUUAGUGGAGCGCUUCAGUUGCAAACCCUUUGUAGCAAGGUGUGAGAGUAUGGACCAUGUUUUAGUCUCCUCCUGUUGCUCCCUGUGAGUUUGACUUUUUGUCGGAGCCAUCCAGUGUCUGAACUUACGCUUUUAACACACCUGUACUGGUGCUAGUGUUGUGGUUGUGCCACCUGCAUUUUUUUUAAAAACUGUUUUGUCUGAAAUAUCUUAUUUUGGAUGGGUCAUUGAGGUCUUCUUUAAUACAAACUUCAAGUGCUGCACCUGAUGUUGGUGCCCCUAGUAAGCCUACCAAGGGCAGCCUGCUUCGCCUACAGCAAGGCCUGCCUCAAUCGUCUAGUUUACAUCUAUAACCACAGCAAUGUAAUCACAAGCAAAGCAAACUGAAUGACAAGUCUAGUCUGUGUGUCGGUCUGUACUUCAUAUAUCCAUGUAUGUAUGUACGUAUGUAUGUAAUAUAUGUGUAUAUAUUCCAUGUUAUUCAAGAAGGGAAUCUUACUGUCCAGAUUGCAAACAGAACUGGAUUAUGUAUUUUGUUCUGUUAAGCAGUUGAGCAACUGAAGGACUCGCUCAAAAAAAAUGUAAAAAAAAAAUCUUUUAUCAUAUUAUAAUGUCCUCCCGUGCCACACAUUGUGUCUUCUUUCUCCAAAUUCUAUUUACAGUCACUAAGUGUUUUUAUUUCCAUGUCAGUUGUCAGAGACUAAAGCAACGUGUGACUAACCAUUUUGUUUUUAUCUUAAUUCUGGCACUAGGAGUCUUAGCUUGAGUGAUGGAUCUUUCCAAUUAUGUUGCAAAGGAUGAACUUGUCAUAGUGACGUCUUAGUACAAAUUUUGAGUUGUAAAUGUCUGUUCAAAAUGUUAUAGCCCAAAGAAAGGAAAGAAAUCAAUGAUAUUAGUCUGCUUAGAUAUUUUUUUAUAUGUUUUCCUUAUAUCCUUAUAUAAGUUUUUUCAGUCCCAAAUGUCCAGCAAUGAAUGACUGUACAGUUUAUUUCUCUGACAUUGUCUUUCAAUCAGAUGCCUUCGUCUAAAGAAAAAUAAACCUCUAUAGUA